AUGCUUCCAAUACCUAAUCUUUUUCCUGCAAAACUGUUUGCCCAUCUCAACAAUCAAAACAUCCAAUCCAAUAAAACGCUUAAUACCAACUCAUCACUUCCAAUCAUAGAAAUUGCCACACCAUUUCCAGAUAUUCAAACAUACUACAGUGUCCCAUUCGAAUGUUACCUGCCAACAUAUUUCACUUUAUCACCUGAUAGAGAUCUAUCACAUCUUUUAUUCAGCAUACAGAACUAUACUCCGGAAAGUACAUCAACAUGGGUAAAUUUUGAUCAGGGAUUACGUAAAUUUAGUGGAAUUCCACCAAGAAAAGCUGCUACUGAUACAAUGGUGGUUUUGUCGAUUGGUGAUGCAUUAUUGGAAAGAAAUACAGUGGUGACUAGUUUUCGAAUUUUGGUUUCGUUUGGUCCUAGAGGAAAGAUCGAGAUGCCGGAAAAGGUUAUUGCGAUAUUGAUUGCGUUUAUCGUGGUUAUUGUGAUUUUGGUGGUGUUUGUUAUGAUCGUUACGAUGUGGAAAAGAUAUUGUCGAUCUCGUCUCGAUUGUUGA